AUGAGUGAACCGGUGAAGCCGACCGGUGAUCCGGUGAAGCCGACCGGUGAUCCGGUGAAGCCAAGUCGGGAGACUUUCCCGAGGAGAGUCGUGAACGCGAUCCGGGCGUUGAGCGUGGAGCCGGUGGCGUUCCUCUUCAUGUUCUCGCUGAACAUCUCGGCCACCAUCGUCCAGAACCUGACGAUGGAGAAAGCCUGCCGUUACCGGCUCGACUUCAGCGAAGACGUCUGCGACCGGCUACACGAAGACGAGUUCGAAAACGAGCAGGACGAAGUGCAGAAAGUGACCGCCGAUUAUAACAUGUACCGAAACAUCGUGGAGCACGUCGUCCCGUUCUUCUUCACGCUUUUCCUCGGGCCCUGGAGCGACCGAAACGGGCGGAAAAUCCCGUUGAUCCUCGUGAGCGUCGGGCAGCUGCUGCAGAUGGCCGGGUACUUCCUCAACGCGUACUUCAUGGACUGGGACAUCGACUGGAUCCUCGUCCUCGGUUCCCUGCCGUACUCGAUGGGCGGCUCCGUCAUGUGCCUCAUCAUGUCCAUGUUCAGCUACAUGGCCGACAUCACGGAGACGAGAUCGAGGACCAUGCGACUGUCCUUCAUGGACGGGUUCUUCUUCGCCGGCAGGCCCCUCGGCUCCCUCGCGGGGGCGUACCUCUUUCAGUACUUCGGGUACUCGGUCGUCUUCGGGGUCGCGAUGGGCGUCUCCGCGCUCAACAUCCUUUACUCCGUCAAGGUCCUUCGGAACGACACGCACGAGAAAGGGCAGAUCGGCGAGGACGGGAAAGGUCGCCCGGCCAGACCUUUCCUCAGCCCGAAAAAUAUUUCGGACGCCUUCAAGGCCCUCUUCCGAAAGAGACCUUUCCAGCAAAGGACCAUUCUCCUCAUCUUGGUUUCGACUAUUUUCAUCAGCAUGAUCCCCAUUUUCGGCGAAUACAGCGUGGAUUAUUUGUUCGUCCAGAAACAAUUCGACUGGGACGAAGUCUCGUACAGUCUUCACAACGCGUAUUACAUCGUCAUCGCGACAGGAGGUAUUUUCUUCCUGGUCCCCCUGCUGAGCAUGAAAUUCUCGGCGAGCGACGCGCUGAUCGGCGGGGUCGGCGUGACCCUCAACGCGAUCUGCCGCCUGGGCUACGCCUUCGCCCGUCGGUCGUGGCAUUUUUACGCCUGUGAGAAUUCCUUUUUCCUGCUGCCUCUUUUGACUGUUCGGACUGGAGUCAGGAGUCAGGAGUCAGGAGAGUUAGUGAUAUCAAGUGGCGAUUUCGCCCAUUUCGAUAUC